UAUAGGAACCAGGAACCGAACCGUUAACAACAACUAGGAACCGAACCGUUAACAACUAAUAUCUCAUUUGUAGGAACCGAACCGGAUUAUAACAGUUCUGUUCCAACCGAUCUAACGGUUCCCGGUUCCAAAAUCCCACCCCUAGAUUUUGCUGGUUCAAUUCUUGGGUAUAUUAACAUAUGCUCUGAUGGGAUGUGUGGUAACUUGGAUGCUAUGGAAGGCCUAAUUAGGCAAGUAGGGAAUUUAGUUGAUGGUUGGAUUGGGGAUAGUAAAAAUGCUUCUCUGAGAGAGUUUUUUUUUUCACUUCUGAGCGAUCAUUCUGUUGAAAGGAUUAGAUGCGGAGAGUUACAAUUAAGUGAGCUGGCUGGGUUGGUAACUGUAGAACCGUUUUUGUUGAAACUGUGCUGUUACUUUCAUGAAUGUAGUAGUUCAAGAAAGGAAUUGAAAUGUGAGUUGAGGUUAUGGAUUGCAUGUUCAAUAAGUGCUCUUCGGAACCCUUUCUUUCAUGG